CUUCUUCUCGGGGAGCGCGCGAGCGUGACCACGCCUCUUACGUCUGGACGCUCGGUGGCCUCGGGAGGCGCCGUAGUCGCCUCGGAGAAGGAAGGGGAGCAGCUGUGGAGGAUCUGCUAUGGUGCUGAGUUUCCCGGCAGAGCCGACCGAGUCGAGGCGGCCGUGGCCAUGAAGGCGGGUGCCACGUCGAUGUGGGCGUCGUGCUGCGGGCUGCUGAAUGAAGUCAUGGGCACUGGUGCUGUGAGGGGCCAGCAGUCAGGGUUCCCAGGAGGCGCUGGGCCGUUCCGGUUCACGCCAAACUCAGACUUUUCUGCCUACCCAGCAGCAGCCACGGAUGGGCCUAAUGUAGUCUGCAAAGCCUGUGGCCUCUCAUUCUCAGUCUUUCGAAAGAAGCAUGUGUGCUGUGAUUGCAAGCAGGACUUCUGUUCCGUGUGCUCGGUCUCCCACGAGAACCUCCGCCGCUGCUGCACCUGCCACCUGCUGCGCGAGACGGCCUUCCAGCGGCCGCAGCUCAUGCGCCUCAAGGUGAAGGACCUGCGGCGGUACCUGGCCCUGCGGGGCGUCCCCACCGACACCUGCCGUGAGAAGGAAGACCUGGUGGACCUGGUGCUGUGCCACCAUGGACUGGACUCCGAGGAUGACCUGGACUCCAGCAGCCUCAACUCUUCCCGCUCCCAGGCGUCCAGCUUUUUCACAGAGUCCCUGUUCGCCCCCUACACGGCCUCCUCAGCUACCACGGCCUCCUUCCUGGGGGAGCUCUCGGGCAGAGGUUGCCCCUCCAGGGCCGGAGCCCUGGCGCAGGCCCAGAGUGAGGUGGCCUCUGCAGACACGGAAGAUGAGGAGGACGAAGAGGAUGAAGACGACGAGGAGGAAGAAGAGGAGGACGAGGACGAGGACGAGGAUGAGGAUGAAGAGAACUUGGAGGAGCAGACACCGGGGCUCUCCAGGAAGCGGGGCCGAGCCUCACUGUCCGACCUGUCCAGCCUGGAGGAGGUGGAGGGCAUGAGUGUGCGCCAGCUCAAGGAGGUCCUGACAAGGAACUUCGUCAGCUACUCUGGCUGCUGCGAGAAGUGGGAGCUGGUGGAGAAGGUCAGCCGGCUGUACAAGGAGAACGAGGAGAACCAGAAGUCAUACAGCGAGCGGCUGCAGCUGCAGGACGAGGAGGAUGACAGCCUGUGCCGUAUCUGCAUGGAUGCUGUCAUCGACUGUGUCCUGCUCGAGUGCGGACACAUGGUUACCUGCACCAAGUGCGGCAAGCGCAUGAGCGAGUGUCCCAUCUGCCGGCAGUACGUGGUGCGCGCUGUGCACGUGUUCAAGUCCUGAGGCCACGCACCCCAUGGGACCCAGAUAUCUUGAUGCACAGAGUGACGGGAAAGUCACUGUUGAAAGGCAGAAGCUAUUUUUAAAAGUUAUUUUCAUUACUAAUGGGGACAGACAAGUUCGUCCUAAGCCGAAGGCACACCGGUCCGUGCCAUCAGCCUGUGGACACAGCCCACUUCCACUGGGCUCACUUGUCCCAGGAGCACUGACUGCAGAAGUCGGGCUGGUGACCACAGGGGGUGACCUGUCAGCUGACCCUUCUCCCAUGUGGACCCUCUGUGGGCACUGGGCGCGUGAGCUUACGGACAGACACGGCGGCCUCCGACAUUCCCUUUAUUAGUCAUGUGUAUUUUAAAGGCUAACACUUGAUGAAUGUAACUUUCCACAUCGUGGCUAUUUCUGCAUUUCAGCCUACUUGGGAAUGGAUGUUCUGUAGUCAACUGCCAGGGCCUUAGACUAAACAUGCCCAUUUCUGUUCAGGUACAGCUUUUUAUAGCAAGGGCUGCCUCCGGCUUCUGACGUUACAAGAGUGCGUGCUGUGUUAACGUAUGAUUAGUUUACAGUUUUGUAGGGUGAAGGUGUAUUUUUCGUGCUACCUGCUAGCUGGUUUCAACUUUAGAAAUAAAAUCAGAUGUAAAAAAAAUGCUUUACUUCACACUGGCUCUGCCAGCUCCUGUAGCUUGUGUGUAGUAGGAACCUGUGUGCGCCUGGCUUGGGGCCCUCAGAUCCCUUCCCAGCAGCGGUGUAAGGUCAGCUACUGAUCGGCUGUUUCCUGUGACCCGGGAUUGGUGGGGCAGUCCUGGGGCCUGAGCACAGGGCUGUCACACUUACCUACAGAUGCCCAUUUGGCUUUAAACAUUUCAGACAGGCCAUCUCUUAAGGACCUAAGUUGCCCAGGCUGAGCUUGAACUUAAGAUCCUCUUGCCUCAGCUUCCCAGAGUGCUGGAGGUUACAAGCCUGUACCACCAGGCCUGGGUGAUUGUUGUGCUUGGUUCUGUAGUUCUCUCCAGAGGGAUGCAGGGGGAAGCCAGCCUCUGUGAAGUUCCAGGACUCAUUUAAAGCCUUACCUCUAAAGAGACUGCACCAGCACCAGGGCCAGGUGGCACACGGACACACACAGCUCAGGUUCUGCCUUCCCAAGUGACUGCAUCACAACCUGAGCCUCGCUCUGCUGCGCUGGAAUACACGUCAGAGGAGCAGCUUGCGACAUUAGCUCAUGUAGAAAGGCCCUGCCAUUUCUGUAUGUCCAGCUUGGGGCAGGGUGGCUUUUAGUUGAGCACAAAUGAAUCCACUGGUAGUGGGCAGAGAGGAUUUUAGGAGAUGGCUGACUUGGGCAAAUCACCAGUUGUCUUCUGACUACGUAGUAACACACACUUAACGUGCACUGUGAUUAGAAUAAACUAGUCAAGCUGGGCAUGGCAGUGCACACCUGUAAUCCCAGCACUUGGGAGGCUGAGGGGAAAAAGAUUCAGCUAGUCAAUUGAUGGACACCAAAGCAGCUGUAUACUCAGGCAGACAGCUUACCCUUGUAUGUGGGGCAGAAAGUCUGGCUAAUGUGGAGCAAACAUGUUUUCUUGCCUUUGCUCAAUUUUCAGUCCACACAUGUAAAUCACAGCUGUCUUUGAGUGUCUGGCUGGUCUUGCUGCCACCCUGGGAGCUGGGGCUGAGUCUGGCUGCUGUAGCCAGUGGUGCCGGCCCACGCUGCUGGAUUUUUCCUUUGGGAGGCUUCUCUAAGAAAACACGUGAAUAACAUUCCCCAAGUCCUUAACUUUGUAAUAGGAAGUCUUACAUUCAGGCCAGCGGGUGCAGCAAACAUUUAAAUAUAAGUGAGGCUGCAGGUGUUGAAAGUUAAAUUUAAAAUUUCAGAUUGAUUUAUGCAGUCUGGCUCCAAGGCAGCUUGGCUACCAGUUCCUUUGGAUUUUCAAAUCAUAUCUUAGGUCUUCCUUCCUAGCCAGAGUAAAAAAGCUAAGCCCAUGGACCCUAACACUGGCUUACAGUUGCCCACCCUACUUUUGUCUUUGAGACAGGGUCUCCUUAUGCAGUUCAGGUUGGCCUUUUAUUCACUUUGUAGCCCAGGCUGGUCUCAAACUCAAAGCACUCCUGCUGCCUCAGCCUCCCUAGUGGUGGGAUUAUAGGCAUGCACCACCAUGCCCAGUUCCACCUACUUUUCUACUGUAAACCUGUACUUUAGUAUACUGAUAGCCACCUGUGCCUCUCAGUAGCUGUGCCUAAAAAAUACGGGAAGAGCAAUUUUUCAGUCUUUGCUUUUAGCAGACUGGCAAGGUAUGUGCAAAAGCAUCAAGCUGGGAUUUUUACCCACGUAAUGCUCCAACAGGUUUUGCAUAUAUUUACCUGAGUAUCACUGGGGUAAAAUACACCCACCGAAACAUGUAUUUUACCAUAAAUGGAAUGUGUAUGUGACUCUCUCUGAGCCUGGGGAAAGCAAAGGCUCAUCUGUGCAUUUACCCAGUUGGCAGAUGGAUGGCAAGUUGUGUCAGGAGAUCCAAAGUAGCAGCAGGUGAGUUUUACCCAUGAAAUGCACAUUGCUGAAUAAAUUUCUGUGCAUUUAGGAUCUGUUUUUUAUAAAAGUUUUCUCUUGAUUUUUCUGGUAGAAGUAGCCCAAUUCAGUAUAAUGAUACAUGAACAACCAGAUUUGCAAGUUUUGGAGGAGGUAAAGAACGAAUCAUCAGAUAGCUCAUUCAUGCAUGGAUGGUGAAGAUGACUGACACUGGCCACGUGAGCCAGAGUUCCUUAACAGUGAACUGGAGCAAGAACCACCUGGUACAGACACACGGAACCGAAGUCUGAUUCACAUGACAAAGAAAACAGCAACGUGAGUACAUACCUGACUAGUAGAAAUGGUAGAGUGGUCACACAACCAGUGUUGGAACUAUGUCUGAAAAUACAGUGAGGACCUUGGCAGAGGUGAAACCUACUAGAUGGAAUGCCAGCACUGCUUUCGGUGUUGAAAACUGUAACCAGACAGAAUGCUACAGAUGUAAAAUACAUAAAUGCUGAAAUAGAAGUAAAACGUUCUGUAUGCACCAAUAGCUAUACUCGAAAAUUUAUUCUGACACCUUACUAACUGAACUGAAAGCACUUAUAGGUCUGCUGUACUUGGCAGGGCUUUCUCAGGGUAAUCAUAGGAAUGUAAGACUUACAGAAGUGAAGGCUAUGAGCUCGAGGUUUGCAGUGUAACCCUUGCUAUUUGGUUUCCUUCCAAAUUGACUGAGGUAGCUGAAUAUGAUGGCCCAUGCCUGUAAUCCCAGCAUUGAGGAGACUGAGUCAGGAGGUCUGCUUCGAGUCUGAGGCCAGCCUGGAUUAAUAGCAAACCCAUCUCAAAAAAAAAAAGUCUUGAGGUUUGAUGACAAAAACAUGUGCCUAGAAAGAAAAAACCGAUAAUCUGGUUAUCUGCUUCUGGUUUGAGAGAUCUGUGUGUGCAUCAUUAUUAAGAAAUUUGUACUACAUCUGAAUACAUGACUAUUGAUGGUCCUCUUGUAGCAUUUCAUGGUUGCUAUAAGUUCAGGCAGUAUAUUUCCCAAAAACCUUCAAAAUAUGCCAUAAAAUUGUAUGCCCUUGUAGAAGCAAAGACUUAUUUUUUUUGGUCUUUUUGAGGGUCACACCAUACAGCUGUCAUGUGAGAAGGCUACCUUGGGUGUGACAGUUGAAGCAAAGAUUAUUUCUAGUAGAUUUUUGUUUGUAUUGACACUGUAUAUAGGUUUUAACUUCUGAUGUUAUCUUUCAGGUUUUGUAAGCAAGUACAUGGCUGAUGUGAAAAUGUUUAUUCUAAACAUGCAACACAUAUUAAAAAUUAUUUUAUUGCUACUUUAUAUUCCUGCUCCCUGUGCAUUGGGUAGAUAAUAAUCUCCUGACAAAGCAGCAAGACCAACAAGAUGUCAAGUAUGUUCUACGAAAAGGGCAGAAAAGAGAACACAUGUGCUGUCAGUGAGUGUCAGUGACAUGAGUGUGUGGCCCAUGCUGCUGUUGUGUGUGGAGACUGUGUUAGGUGUGGUAAUUGAAGAUUUUUUUUUGUCGAGUGCUACUGGUAUUUUCAUUGUAGUUCCUAUAGGAAUUUGUUAUUUUUUUUUUUUUUAGAGUUAGUACAUUAAAGAAGUUGAAAAUUUUGAUAUUUUAUAAACAAUAAAUAUUAAAAAUUUAAUACUUUA